CCCUCCCUCCCUCUCUUCCUCCUCUCCUCUCUGAACAUCCACCCAGACCCAAGCAGGUCGUUGGAAACGCUGGAAGGAAGGGAGUGGUGACCGAGAAGGUUUUCCUCUGUUGAGACGCUUGAGCAGCAGCCUAUCCAUCGCAGCAGAGCCUGUUUUGAUGCAGGAUCAGGGACAAAGCAGCUCGAACGUGGUGCCGCGCGCGCGUGUGUGUGUGCAGCUAAAAUAGGCGGUUGAAGCCUCGCCGCGUUGUUUCCGUUUUUUUCCUUCUAAAUCUGCAAAAUAAAACUCCUUCACCGAUCUUCCAGCAUUGCCUGAAACCGCUCGUCCUGACAGCUGAUUAUAAACCCGGACGCCUUUAACGGAAACCUACUAAAAAUAGCAGCUGUUCAAGAGGGAUCGCUCUUAAGAAGAGGAGCCGCUCUGGAUUUGGGUUGCUAAGAGCUCAGAUCUUCCUUUGAUCCUGCUGAUUUUGUCUCUUUUCCACCGAGGACCCGAGUCAGCUGGAACUGCUUUCUCCUAUCCUCUCGCUAACUGAGAUGCCAGUCAGAAGCUUUCUGUCGCCUCCUCCCAGCAGCAGCAGCAGAAGCCAUUUUUAAGUCUUUGAUUUUUCCUCCUCCCUUCUGCAGAUUCAAACCUGUGUGCGCGCGCACUCCUCCUCCUGUGGUUCGGACACGGACUGUAUAAUCAUGGCUAGGGUUAGGUUAGCUGCACGUGUUCUGCUUCUCCUCGUGGCUCUGGGUUGUUCUGGCGCCGAGGCUAAAGCCGAGCGGGCCGCCAAGACGGAGGAGAGCCCGCCGGUGGUGACCCUGCGCACCGUCAUCACCGGAACCUGCCAGGAGGUCCAGCGGUACGCAGAGUCGGUGCUGGGAACCAACGUGAUACGGUCAGCUGCUGAGAGUGCAGUGCAGUUUCUAGAGUCACUGCUUGGUCAGGAGAACGUCCUUACAGUGGCUUCGUUUUCUGAAACAGUGAUCCGAUUCUUGGCUGAAGGAGCCGCCAGCGGCCUGAACGUCAUCGCCGUUUACGUCACAGAGAUCCUCAGAGUCACAGGAUUCGAUGUCGCGCUGACGCUACCGCGCUUCACCCCGGAGGGAGUGACCGCCGUCGCCCAGUGGGGUCUGGUGGGCCUCAUCGGCUACUGGGUCCUGACCGUCCUUUUCCGUCUGCUGAUCGGCGUUUUCAAGCAGGUGUUCUGGGUGGUGAGAAUGGUCAUAGCGCUGUGGCUUUUCGGACUGAUCGUGACGGAUAAGCACGCCUCUGCGGACACCACGGCCAUUCGAGUGGGAGUCCUGGUGCUGGCGUGUGUCCUGCUGAGUCUGGUCACCUCCAGCUCCGAUAAGACCUCCGCUGUGGAGCACCGCCUGGGCAAGCUGGAGAGGCGGGUGAGGGAGGUGGAGAAGAUGAAAGCGGAGUAGAGAUGAGGUUACAAAUGCUGUUAGUGCAGGCCGAAAAAAAAGGGUAAAUAAUGAUUUCUAUACCUGGUACAAAUUUGGGAAAUAAAGUAAACUGACAUUUUUAAUAGAAA